CCAAGUUCUGUGGAGACCCUGGUACCCCAGCCAAGGGGAAAAGAGAAGGACGAAGUUUAAUCUACAAGUCAGAGGUUACCUUCAGCUGUAGCGCCCCCUAUGUCCUGGUGGGGUCAACUACACGCAUCUGUCAGGACGACAGCGCCUGGAGCGGCUCUCAGCCACGAUGCAUAGAACCAUCCAGGACGACGUGUGAGAACCCAGGAACACCUGAACACGGCUCCAUGAACAUCAGCCUGGGGUUCAAGGUGGGCAGUAAGGUGGAGUUCCAGUGCCAGCAGGGCCACCUACUCCAGGGUUCCACCACCCGACUCUGCCUGUCUGACCUCACCUGGAGCGGAUCUCAGCCAACAUGCAUCCCCCAUUCGUGUAAGCAGCCCAAGUCCCCUCCCAAUGCAGACGUGGUUGGGAUGGAGCUGGCUCCGUAUGGCUACACCCUGCUCUACUCCUGCCAGCCUGGCUUCAUCCUGUCCGGGGGGUCAGAACACAGGGUCUGCAGGUCUGAUGGAAGCUGGACCGGUAAGGUCCCCAUCUGCAGAGUGGGCUCCAAACAGACGGAGAAACCUACCGCAACCUUACAGGGAACGCCAAGCCCCAACAUACAAGUCCCCGAUGACGAAGCCCCUCACUUCAUCUGGAGAGGCUACUAUGAUUACAAGGGUCAGAAACAUCCGAUGUCUUUGACCGUCAAGUUUUUAAUAGCAGCACGGGAAUAG